GGGAAAAAAAUUCUUGUCUCAAGCAUGUCUCUGAUUUUUUAUAGGCCUUCAUAUAAUAGAGCUGGACACCGGGUUGCUUUCGUUUGGUCAUCGACUUGUGAAGUGUUGUUGAUAACUUUUAGACAAGUCCAUGUGAUUUUUCAUGGGCAAACUCUCUCUCACUUGGGUCCAUCUCAGUGCUUCAUCACCAACCAUUUUAGGUAACUGACGGCUUGCAGCAUACCGCUUUAGCUAUAUAUGCACACAUCAUCCAAGGUUCAGGAGCAAACCAACACAAGUCUUCUACUCCCAAGCAUAUCUUAUCAAAGCACUUUCUGUCCUGACAUUCAUUUCAACUCUUUAUUGUUCCUUUUUACAGAAAUUUUAAAACCAUGGGUUUCCGAUUUCCUGGUAUUUUACAUGCCAAGAAAAAUCAAGUUUCUUCAAAGUCAUUGGAUGUUCCAAAAGGCUAUCUUGCCAUCUACGUUGGGGAGGGCCAGAAGAAGCGGUUUAUUAUUCCUGUGUCCUACUUGAACCAACCUUCAUUCCAAGAUUUGUUAAGCCUAGCUGAAGAUGAAUUUGGAUACGAUCAUCCAAUGGGUGGUAUCACAAUCCCCUGCAGUGAAGACACCUUCCUUGGUCUCACCUCAGCUUUGCGGUAUAUGUAGAGGCUACAUAUACGUCAAAAUGAUUUUAACACCAACGGCAGUAGGAACACUUGGCAAUUUUAAUCGCUUUCUGGCUCACUUGAAGGAGGUUAAAUUGAUUGAUCGUCCAAUGAAUCAUCGUGAUGGAAGACAACAUCAACGUCAAACUGCUUCUGAGCUGAGAGGAAAAUGGCCAGCCUAGCGGACGUAAACUCACUGACAAUUUUUUAAGAAUAGUUAUUGUCAAUUGAAUGUACAUAGUUGUCCUGCAAGGAAAACUGGGAUUAGAAUAUUUCAUUACAAUACAACGUUUUUACAGUUUCACGAUUUA